AUGCCUCCACAACCGGGCGAGGAGCGCCUCGUAACUACCUUCGCCGACAUCCAUUACUAUUUCACUGCUCCUACUCCGAAGCCUCUGCACCACCGAUUUGAGAAGGGAUCUUAUUUAUAUGUAUAUCACGAUGCGUCCCAGAAUAGGGCCCGGAUCGAGAUUGCCAACAAUCCCGGAACGCCAGACCAGGAUGCAUUUUACGGGGUCUUGAAUAACGUACAUAUACGACACUCGACGCACUUCCCAACUUACUGUACCUUGACCGUGGAUGGAAUUGCAGGGUCGGCUCAACAGCAGGUCUCUCAAUACGACUGGCGACUUCCAAGUGCAGACUCGCGCAGUGGCCACCAUGAGCUGCAUCGGUUACACACACUUGAUAUCUAUUUCUGGACAUUAGAUGACGCCAACGACUUCUUGGACACGAUCGGCCGUGUGCUGCCUAUCUCCCAACUUGAGACGGAUCGACCAAAUGCUCAACUAGAACAGCCGAUGAGCUCAGUGGUUCAACAGCUUGAGAACGUGGCUAUCUCCGACCCGGCCUACCAGAAUGGACAGACUCGCAAUUCCCGAUCUGAGCCCACCGCAGUGACAGCUCUGCCUACACAAGGCCCUCCACAAACCAUGAGCUUCCCUCCUCCACCUCCGAGCGGACCAGCAGCCGACCAGCAAUCUGUCCAUUCCGGAUCCCAGGCCUCUCCAGAAGACAAGCGAGAUUCGGCCAGCUUCGCGCCAUUGCCGUACAACCCAGCAGCUCCCGCAGCACCAGAACCAAUCAAGCAUCGCGAGAAGACUCCCCCUCCUCCAGAUGAUGGCACCGAGGGAACUGGCCUCGCAGCCGCCCUCGCAGCCGACCAAGGCAUCCCAUAUACUCCUCCGCACCAAAUGGGCAAUACCCCGGGACUCAGCUCAUUUGCACCCCCACCAACAUCCGCCCAAGGCGUACCAUACUCCGGCGCACCAGCCAUCGCACCAACAGGCUAUGCCUCACCACCACCGAGCGCCGGUCUAACCCAUACAAACUCAUUCCCAACUCAACAACCCGUCCAAACCCCCGGAACCAUCCCAGGCUACUCACAGCCCUUCCACGCAGGCCAAACGUGGCCAAGCACUCCGGGCCAGGGCACAAUGUCCUUUGCACCUCCACCACAAGAUCCAAACGCACACCUCUACGCCCAGCAAGUAUACGGAACCCCUCAGUCGCCGCCUCAACAGGUUCCACAGGCUGUCACGAUUGGUGGGUACUCGAAUUACUCGUAUGCGCAAGCGCAGCCGCAGCAGGCCGGUUCUUCCGAGUACAACAUUCAUAGUCAGUUGUACCGGCCGACGGAAGCGGAGGCGGGUGGACAUGGACAGAAGUAUGCGCAGAAGGCGAUGAAGGCACCUGGACAGCGGCCAAGGAAAUUGGAAGAUAACGCGAUGAAGUUGGAGAGUGGGGUAAAUCGGUUCUUGAAGAAAUUGGAGAAGAAGUUGUGA